ACCAAAAGACACCUUAACACCCCCACCUUACAGUAUGUGACGUGUCACAUCCGUUGUGAUGGGUACCUUUUUUCAUGGCCGUCUUUGCUGACUUCGUUCGACCACUGGUUCUCUCUGGGCCGUCUGGUGUGGGGAAAAGCACUCUACUUCAGCGUCUUUUCGCUGAAUUUCCCGAAAAAUUUGGCUUCAGCGUCUCGCACACGACCCGCUCCCCAAGGCCAGGGGAGGUGAAUGGAAAACAAUAUCACUUUGUUACUCGCGAAAGAUUCCUCGAACUUCUUAAACACGACGCUUUCAUCGAACACGCCGAAUUUUCCGGAAACUUCUAUGGCACUAGCUUCCAAACUGUUCGUGAAGUGGAAGGACAAGGGAGACGAUGCAUCCUUGACAUAGAGGCGCAAGGUGUUCGCCAGAUCAAAGCAACCAACUUGAAUGCUGUUUAUUGUUUUAUCUCGCCACCUUCCAUGACGGCUUUACGGGACCGCCUACAAGAACGAGGUACAGAAAGUGACACUUCCGUUCAAAAGCGUCUCGCAAUAGCGUCGAAGGAAAUAGAAUACGCGAAGGAACCUCAAGUCCACGACGUGGUUAUUGUGAACGACGACGUCAACCGAGCGUACGAACUCCUUAAAAGGCUCGCAUUAGGAGAGAAAAUUAUUGGGGAUUGUUUACCUCCCUUCGACAAAUGAUACCACCACAUUCAAAACGAUACCCAGAAAGUGGAGAGUUGUGUUUAUGAUGGGUAGAAUUGUCCGAGCCAUUCCUCAACGGUACCGGGGAGUCAGUUGUUCCCUACGUAUGUAGGUAGAAGCUAUGGACAUAUGUACUGCAGUCCACGCCAGUCACCACCGUUCACAGCAAUCUGUCUGUCUAUCCAAUCAACGUACUACCCAAAUUGCUGCCUGGAGGUCCGUUGAACCUAG